CUUCGAGGUCGAAUCUUAAUAAGUGAUCUGCUCGAAUCUCCUUUUCUUGGAGAGCAAUGUCUUCAGAGACGGAGCCCAUGGGCCUUUGGCCGACUCAGAUUUCAAAUCAGCAGCUGCUCGGAUGGACGAACCUCGCAGCUCUUCUCGGGCUCUACUACGUCUGUAAAAUCAUCUAUCGUCUGUAUCUGAGUCCUCUGUCUCAUAUUCCAGGCCGCAAACUUGCCGCUGCAUCACAUGUCUACGCUUUCUACCACAACGUCGUCUGCCGUGGACAAUACAUCUGGGAAAUCGAGAAAAUGCACGCCCAAUACGGUCCUAUAGUUCGAAUCGGCCCAGACGAAGUCCACAUCAACGACUCCAACUUCAUUGACACCAUCUUCGCUGGUCCCGGCCACCGCCGCGAAAAAGCGCAACUCACCAUAAAUGGGCUCGGUUCCUCGCCCACCGCCAUCGCAACCCGCUCCCACGACCUGCACAAGUCUCGCCGCGCAGCACUCAACCCCUUCUUCUCAACCAAGAACAUCCGACGCCUAGAGCCCAUGGUCCACGAAGUGCUCUCGCAAAUAUUGCAGCGCUUAGAAACGGCGAAGAAGGAGAAGAGGUCGGUGAAUAUGAGUUUGUUGUACAGAGCAGCGACGCAUGACUUGAUUGCGGAUUAUGCCUUUGGACAAGGCAGUAUUUCCUUCAGUAGAGAGGAUCUGAAUCAGCCUUAUUUCCAAGCGUAUCACGAGAUGGUGCUCACUUGGCAUUUUGGGUGUUAUUUUCCCUGGUUUACGCAUAUCAUGCGGAGGCUGCCGAUGACGAUUCUUACGACGAUGGUGCCGAGCGUGAAGCAAUUUAUCUCAAUGAUUCAAGCAGCUAUGGUGAAAAUCGAUAAAAUCAAAGCAGCAGCUUCGACCGAAGAGCCAGAGAGACCAACAAUCUUCCACGGACUGCUUUCCUCCUCCCUUCCCGACUCGGAAAAGGACUCCACGCGCCUAGCGGAAGAAGCGAACGUCCUUUUGUCUGCAGGCACAGAUUCUUCCGCCAACACAUUAUCGGCAAUCACCUUCCACCUCCUAUCAAACCCGCCAAUCUUGAAAAAGCUGAGAGAGGAAUUGGAGAAAGCAAUUCCGGAUAAAGAUGAACGCCAGUUCCCGAGCUUCAACCAGGUCGAGCAACUCCCUUACCUCUCCGCCGUGAUUCAAGAAGGGCUGCGCUUGCACCCAGCCGUGAUAAGCCGCCAGCAGCGCGUUGCUCCCUCUGAGGACUUGGUCUAUGUCAACCCUAGUACCGGUACAAACUACAGACUGCCCAGAGGGACGGUGAUGGCCAUGAACCCCCUUCUGCUCGCGCGCAUCCCUGCUCUCUAUCCGAACCCAGGCGAGUUCAGACCAGAGAGGUUUCUGGAGGAUAAGAGGUUGCGGGGGUAUGGGCUUACGUUUAGCAGGGGCAGCAGGAUGUGUCUUGGGAUGCAGUUGGCGUAUCAGGAGAUGUAUGUCAUUCUUGCGGGGCUGUUUGGGAGGUUUGAUUGUGCGGGGGAGAAGGGAGAGGGAGGGGAAUGGUUGGAGUUGUAUGAGACGGAUAGAGGGGAUGUGGAGAUGGUGAGGGAUUUGGUGACAGAGGGACUUAGGGAUGGGAGUGUGGGGGUUAGGGUGUUGGUUAAAGGGCUCUGAAUCUGUAAGAAGAUGUUUGUUUAAAAGACGUUAUGAGCAGCUACUCGGUGGAGACAUAUCUAAUUCGAUUUCGGGCAUAACAUUAGAUCAAAAUUGGCUUGUCGGUAGUUUGUUUGACCCGUAAGAGCUUUAUAUGGA